AUUUUGACCCCCUAUUAGCCUCAGGCUACGGACCAGGACGGUAGCUUCCUAAGCUUCUGUCCUCAUGCCAAUGGCCAUGACGCCAUGAUCAUAAAUAGUAAUAGGUAGCACCAUGCCAAAAGCUGCAAUACAAACCGUGCAGUCGACUUCAGAGCAGCGAGGAAACGUAAGAAUUGAGUUGUGGGCUCGCAUUGAGGAGGGCACCGAUGAACGAGGGCGGCCGCAGCACGUGUUUAGCUAGUUCUCCAGCUGCCUCAGGCCGGGUUGUAUCUGUUAGUCGCACAGCAGAGCAUGAAGGUCACAGUUUUGCAAGAUGUGUUAUAGUUCCGCCGACCACUCCGACGCACCGCCACACUCUGGCGCUGUCCCUGAUGGACAUGUGGCUCUUUCGGACGCACUACCCCCCUAUCAUUGUCUUUCUGCCUCCCCUCCCAAAAGAAACCACGCUCGAUGCGUUUGUCGCAAAGUGCCAAGCCACUCUGGCAGAGGCACUGGCAGCGGUCCCCCCUUUAGCAGGACGGUUUGUGGUCAACGCUGGGGGCCACUUGGCAGUUGAUUGCAAUGAUGAGGGCAUCCACUUGCGUGUGGCUGAGGCUAACUGCCCCCUGCCGCAGCGCCUAGCUUCUGGGCUAACUAUCAAUGGAACGGAGCAGCUUCACUUUGAGGUCCCAGGGACCGGUGGAAACGUCCCGCUCUUACUGAUGCAGAUCACUCGGUUUCAGGACGAUCGCCUGUGCAUCUCCAUGGGGUUUCAUCACACCUUCACCUACGGAUACGGCGCAUUCGCAUUCUGCAAGUACUGGAUGCACCUAAUGCGCGGAGAAAAGCCCCCUUACAAGCUGGAAUACGCGAGGCUUAAGUGCGUUGAGGCUUCGGGAUGCCCUGUGAUCGCUCUAGAGCACCCCACAAUGGGCAACACUCCGUUCAUGCCAUUCAGCAAAACGGUCAAGGACCUGCUUGGCUUUGCCGCGUUCUGUGCGGUCUUCCCGGUCAUCCCGCGGAGCCUUCUGUAUACCGCGACUGUGUAUCACCGGUUCCACUUUCCCACCGCCCAACUGAAGGAGUUGAAAGCGGAGGUUAACCAAGGGCUGCCAGCUGGCGACUUUGUCUCGACCAACGACGCUGUUUGCGCACUCCUCUGGAGAGGAAUCACAAACGCCAGGGAAUUGGCCAAACAGACCCCGGCGCAGGUCACGCAUUGUGUCUUCGCUAUGAACGGACGGAAUAUCGUCCCAGAUCUUCCCGAGGGUUACGUCGGCAACGUCCACAUUCCGAACCGGACGGAAGGAGUGACGGCGGCAGAACUCUGCGAGCAACCGGUGUCCUGGAGCGCGAAGCUCAUACGAAACGUGGUGAAGCGCGCCAGCCCGCAGUUCGUCCAAGAUAUGGUAGACUGGGUGUCCGCCCAACCCAACAUCGACAGUGUCGGGCCGCGCACGGACCACCAUUUGGGUCCGGACGUCGUCAUCAGCUCCGUGUCCGGAUUACCGCUGUCCGAACUGGACUUCGGGUUCGGACGCCCGCUCUCGCUCGGCGUCGCGAAAUACUCCGUUCCGUUCGACGGCUUCGUCCUGGUGACGUCAUACGGGGCGGGCUUCUGCGCUGACGUCAGCGUGCUGGGGCCGACCAUGGAGGCGCUGCUGGCGGACGAUGACAUCAGCCGGUUCACGUGGGCCCCCGUGGGACGUGCCGAGUAUUGCGAGGGCGACGAGUGGUUGGAUUAGAGUAGUCUGCUGAGCAGGUCCGCAGUAUCAACUGCAGGGGGGCCAAAUAUAUUUAAAACAGCUUUUGCUUCAGGUUAGAGGUGUUGGGGUUGAGGUGUUUAACGGCGUAGGGUAUAGAACGGAACUGCUCGCAGAGCGCAGACAUUUGCAUAAGAAUAGACUGCUGGUCAGGUUGCAGUGUCAACCGCAGGGGGGCCAAUCACUAGAAUAAACAGUCUUUGCUCCAGGUCAAAAGGGUUGGGGUUGAGCUUAGGCGGCGUAGGCUACGGAAUUGCUCGCAAAGCGUAGACAUUGCGUUGGACGAGGUUACUACUUUUGGCCACGGUUUGUGUAGAGGUAGGCGCGCGGCUGUGCUUGUAUGGGUCUAAAUCACGAUUGCGUAGAGUCGGUGUUAUCGUUAUCAACAUUAUUGUCAGGAGUAUACUCACGCUCGCGUAUCUUACGCCCGGCGAGCUUCCGGAGGGCUUGGAGCGGUUGGGGUUUCCGUGAAGCGAGCGGCACGUCCACAGAGGGGGUGGUCAUAUGGGAGCUUUACAGGUCAGAAUCAAAAUAAAUGCGGCGGGAAAGCGCGUGCUAGACCUUCAGAAGAAACCGGGGUCUGCAACGAACGGCGUGGCAGACCUGCGUGUCCGUGUCUCCCCCAGAGUGACGUCAGCUCUUCCCUGCCGUUGUCAGCGUCUUUUGGGUAGGCUUUUAACGGCUGGGUUGUCUGCUCGCGGCAAGCGCUUGAGGAUAGCGGUGGUUCAGCAAAGGUCGAUAUACAAAUAGUGUGCCCGGGCGAAUGAUGGACCCGGUACAGCGCGCGAUACAGCAGGCUAGAUCGGCGUUGUUGGACACCCACGGGUUUUAGAUCAUAUUGACAGAGUCACAGAACACGGUCACAGAUCUGACCGUCACGAGCUUGUACAACCAGACUUGGUACUUUUCUUGAUGCUUAUUGAGAGUGUUACAGAAUCUCUGAUU